AAAAUCAUUAACGCCAGACACUGGGACAGCGCCGGGGCGGAGGGGACGAUGGAGAAUUUCACGGCGCUGUUUGGGGCUCAGGCUGACCCACCGCCGCCCCCAACCGCACUCGGCUUUGGACCUGGAAAGCCUCCACCCCCACCUCCUCCUCCUCCGGGCGGGGGACCCGGCCCCGCUCCGCCCCCAACCGCGGCCUCGGCCCCUCCCGGCGCCGACAAGUCAGCGGCAGGUUGUGGCCCCUUCUACCUAAUGCGGGAACUGCCAGGCAGCACAGAGCUGACAGGCAGCACUAAUCUGAUCACACACUACAAUCUGGAACAUGCCUAUAAUAAAUUCUGUGGGAAGAAAGUGAAGGAGAAGCUAAGUAACUUCCUGCCUGACCUGCCAGGGAUGAUUGAUCUGCCUGGUUCCCAUGACAACAGCAGCCUCCGCUCCCUCAUUGAAAAGCCCCCUAUUCUUGGUGGCUCUUUUAAUCCUAUCACAGGGACCAUGCUGGCUGGCUUCCGCCUCCACGCAGGCCCGUUGCCCGAGCAGUGUCGUCUGAUGCAUAUUCAGCCUCCCAAGAAGAAGAAUAAGCAGAAGCACAAACAGAGCCGUACCCAGGAUCCUGUCCCCCCAGAAACACCAUCUGAUUCAGAUCACAAGAAGAAGAAAAAGAAAAAAGAAGAGGAUCCUGAACGGAAAAGGAAGAAGAAAGAGAAGAAGAAAAAGAAGAACCGACACAGUCCAGACCACCCAGGUAUGGGCAGCUCUCAGGCCAGCAGCAGCAGCAGCCUCCGCUAACAGGACCCAUGGGCUCUGCCAGAAUGGCUUUCCUACUGUACUGAACCUGCUGACAAAAGCUGCCUUCUGGGCUCUUGGUCACUGCCUUGGGAGCAUCCCCUGCAGCUGGGACAGCAGCCAGCUCCUGCUGUGCUCAGUUAAGAUGAACACAUUGUAAGAGAGAAGGGCCAUGCUUUUGUAAGCCUCAGCCCAGUUUGCUUUCUCAUGGACAUCUCUUCCUCUCCCAGGAAGCUUUCUUUUCCUCUCUUCUGUGCGGUUUGUCUGAUGUAGGACUUUAUCUGAUUUGUUAGGAUUUUUAUUUUCUUAAAACUGCAUUUAUCAAA